AGCCGCCCACGCUUCCGCUCACCAAAUCCGUAGUGACGAUGACCGUCCCGUCCACUGCUGUUGUCCUCCGUCACACCACCGCCUUCCUUGAUGAAGCCCUGUCGAAUCCCGAUCUCCGACACCGCAUCAUCUCCUCCGCUCGCCGGACCGUCUCCUCCGCCUCUCCCGCCUCCCUGCGAGCCCUCUCCCUUCUGUCCCACGCCCUCGACUCCUCCCCCUCCGCCGCCGCCUCGGACGCGGCCGAUAAGAUCCUCCUCUCGGUCUCUGGCCGAAACCCUCUUUCCGCCCUCCUCCUCGCCCUCGCCCACGCCCUCCGCGGCCGGGCCGCGGCCGCCGCUCUCGCCCUCCUCGAUCUCUUCUCCCUCGAUCCCGCCCUCUCCCGCCACGAGGUCGCGCCCGAGGUCUUCGAGGCCCUCUUCCUCCCCCACCUCCUACCGGUACUCCACUGGUUCGCGGACCAGCGGUCGCGCAUCCUUACCUCCACUUCCCUCCGGUUCGGAUGCCCGCCGGCUGCCAACGAUGAGGGCGAUGACGAGCGGUCGGUGGAGGCGGUGGCCGCCAUGAGCCUACUGUCGAGGAUGAGCGACGGCCAAGCGGGGAGGUUGAAGGAGCUGGAGAGGGGUUACGAGGAGGUUCUUGAUGCUAAUUGCAAGGUUUAUGCAGAGUAUCUGAAGGAGGUGGUAGAAAUGGGCGAUGGAGGACCGCUGGUCCUGGCGCCGCCGCAGCUGGUUCUGACGAGAGCUAGCUAUGAGGAAAGGAGACCCGAUGAGGUGAUUGAGGUAGAAGAGGAGUUGGCAGCAAGGGCAGCGAUCGGAUUAAGGGACGGACGGUAUAAUCCAAUUUGGGCAGAAGCAGAUCAAUCAGUUGAAUUCUUUAUAAGGCAAAAUAGCAGAGUCCAAAUGAACGACACAAAAGCUCCACCGUCAUAUCCUCAAAGGGUAUCCCCAGAUGUCCUCAUCAGGCUACCAUCAAGUGAUCACAGAACUGCUGAAGAUAACUGGGUUUCUACUUCUGGACCAUAUUAUUCUUCUGAUGACAAUUUGGAUUACUCUUCUUCUGAGAUUGAUUUUGAUAUAAAGGAAAGAAACACAUACACAGCAUCAUUGCAAACAAAUGGAAUCCAGUUUCAGAGGCAUGCACAAGACUCUGCAGAAUCUUCAAGUUAUCCCAGUCCUCAAAUCGAUGAUUCUGACAACAUUGUUGCCUACAAUAAGCAAACUCCUCCUAAGGAAUUUGUCUGCCCCAUAACAAGCAACCUGUUUGAUGAUCCUGUUACACUUGAGACCGGGCAGACCUACGAGCGGAGGGCUAUCAAGGAAUGGCUCGACCGUGGGAACUCGACAUGCCCAAUCACACGCCAAAAGCUCCAGAGUUCUCAAUUACCCAAAACCAACUAUGUGCUUAAAAGACUCAUAGGCAGUUGGGUAGAAGAGAAUCCAUAUUCAACUCCUAACAGGUUGGAGAAUUCCCCUCCGAAGAUUGCAAGAGAUCUAAACAUGUCACAGAGCUCACCUUCAUUGACCAGCAUCAUAUACCAAGCUUCAGUUGGUGGCUCUGCUAGUGACCUUCGUCUCGCGAUAUCAUGCCUCUGCACAUCUGAGUUUCUUGAUGAGUCUGAGAAGGCUGUUCUGCAGAUUGAGAAGCUCUGGAGAGACACCAGCCCAGAAUCUGAGAUCAUAGCAAUGCUCGCAAAACCUGCAACUGUGAAUGGUUUCAUUGAAAUCUUGUUCAAGUCCGUCGAUCUGCAAGUCUUAAGAGCCGCAAUAUUCCUGCUAGCCGAGCUGGCUACAAAGGAUAAGUUUGUUGUUCAAACACUUACCAGGGUUGAUUCAGAUGUGAAGUGCAUGGCUGCACUCUUCAAGAAGGGAUUGGUGGAGGCAGCUGUUUUGAUAUUUCUAUUAAGUCCUCGGUGGGAGAGUCUUGUUGAAAUGGAUAUGGCAGAUGCCCUCUUGAGGGCCAUCGAGAAGAAUGACGAUGAACUCCUUGAGAUGUGUGUGAAUCCGAAGACUGCUUCACUUCUUCUCCUAUGGCAGAUUCUUAGAGAAGGUAAUAGUGAUUCGUCCAUGAUUCUUCACUCUAUCAUAUCGGAUGGAAUAAUCGAGAGAGUUAUCUUGAGCAUGGAAGCUGACAUGGUGGAGGAGAGGAUUGCAGCAGUCGGGAUAUUGAUUAAAUGCAUUGCAGAGGAUGGGCGUUGCAGGAAGAUAAUCGCUGACAAAGCACAAUUAGAACCGGUUCUGCAAAGCUUUGCCAUUGUGAAUGACGUGGACCGCUUUGAGAUUGUUCACUUCCUUUUCGAGUUAGUGAAGCUCAACAGGAGGUUAUCCAAUGAGCAGCUUCUGCAUGUCAUUAAGGGAGGAGGUGCUUUUAGCAUGAUGCAUUCACUUCUUGUCUACCUACAAACGUCUUCGAUGGAUCAAUCUCCUGUUAUCGCUGGUCUUCUUCUCCAGCUUGAUCUUUUGGUGGAACCAAGAAAGAUGAGCAUAUAUCGUGAAGAAGCCGUUGACACACUCAUUUCAUGCCUCAGAAAUGCAGAUUUUCCUGACACACAAUUGAAAGCUGCUGAGACGAUCUUGGCUCUCCAGGGAAGAUUUUCAUCCUCUGGGAGGCCUCUUGCUCGAGCUCUUCUUUUAAAACAUACUGGAAUAAGAAAAGGUUACCGAGCAUUAAAAGAAGCUGAGCAGACUCGCAGUGCUUCUGAAAGAUCUGAGCUCAAUCUGGAAGAAGAAAAGGCUGCUGAAGAAUGGGAAAGGAAAAUCGCCUUUGCUCUAGUCAGUCAUGAGUUUGGGCUUGUAUUUGAAGCUCUGUCUGAUGGUUUGAAGAGCAGAAAUCUUGAGCUGUCCUCAGCUUGUCUCAUCUCUGCAACCUGGCUCAGUCAUAUGCUCUCUAUUCUUCCUGAUACGGGGGUCAGAGGAGCUGCAAGGGUCUGCUUGCUGAAACAAUAUAUCUUAAUUCUAAAGUCUGCCAGGCAUACUGAUGAUAAAGCACUUUCCAUGCUUGCUUUGAGAAGCUUUAUGCAUGAUGAAGAAGGGUUGCUCAAUCUCACUCUUCACAUUAAGGACAUAUUGAAAACCUUAAGAGAGCUUAAGAAAUCCUCUGGUUUAGCAUACGAAAUGCUAAAACUUCUAUCAGAUGGCCAAGACUCGAGUAUUAAGGAUAUGUGGAUCUAUAAGGAGUUGAUGCAAGUAGAUUGCAGCACAAAUGGAGAAGUUCUCUCAAUAGUACGCUUCAAGAAUAGGAUAAUCUCUGGGCACCUCGAUGGAACAAUAAAGGUCUGGAAAGGUGAUGAGAGUAUUCUUCAUCUGGUGCAUGAAACAAAUGAGCACUUGAAGGCAGUCACCAGCUUGGCCAUUUCACAGUCUGGAGAGAAACUAUACAGUGGGUCACUAGACAAAACCGUAAGGGUUUGGGCUGUUCAUGAUGGAUGGAUACAUUGUACAGAAACUUUUGAUGUGAAGGAUCCUGUGCGUAAUCUUAGUGUUGCAGAUACCAUUGUUUGUUUCACUCCACAAGGAGCUGGUGUCAAGGUAUUAUCUUGGAAAGGAGCCUCAAAAAUUCUUAGCCCUAAUAAGAAUGUGAGGUCUUUGGCUCUUGUACAGGGGAAACUUUAUUUUGGGUGCAAUGAUAACAGUAUUCAGGAAAUUGAUUUGGCUACUGAAACAUCAGCUACUGUUCAAUCAGGUAAGAAAAAGUUGUUGGGAAAAGACAAUCCUAUCUAUGCGGUGCAAGUACGUGACGGGUUACUUUAUUCAGCUGGCACAUUUCUUGAUGGAGCAUCAGUUAAGGUAUGGAGUACUUCAAAUUACAGCCUUGUUGGAUCUAUACAGUCCUCAAUAGAGGUGCGAUCUAUGGCUAUGAGCAGAGAAUUGAUAUAUUUGGGUUCGAAAACUGGAAUACUAGAGAUUUGGUCCAAGGAUAAGCUGACUGCCAUUGGAUCUCUUCAGAUAGGAACCAAUUGUAAGGUUCAGUGCAUGGAUGUUGACGCUGAUGGAGAAAUUUUGGUUCUAGGAACAUCUGAUGGCAGACUUCAGGCCUGGGGAUUAACUUGAAGAUGGAUAACCUUAUUCCUGGAAAUAAAUCAGAGGUGGCUCAAAUAUUUCGAGCGAUUUUUUGAUAAGCAAUCAUCUACAUACACUGAAACCCUCCGCAAAGACAAAACAUGUACAAAGUUGUAUUAUAGCCCCAUGCGGUAGAAGCAGUAUCUUAAACUUCUCCAGUAUUGAGAAAGCUUGGACAAGAUGAAAGCAUUAAAUCUAAGAAGAAUUGCUCACUUCAGGUGGUAGGAUGCAGGACAAGAAUGGCCGACAAAAACAAAAGGAAAUUAUUGCUUGAAGCAACAAGUG